UCCGUGGUAGCUAUCGGUUAUCAGGCAAGGUACGGACGCGCGCGCGCGCAAACCAGCAGUUGAUGUUCGCGCGUCGAAAGGAAGACACAUCCGCUAGCCGCCUAGCGCCCUUGUGACUUGUGAUCGAUAUACAUCGCGUGGUGAUAAUAAACUUACAAAAAGCCGGUGAAUUUUAUUAAAAGGGGGGCAGAGACGAAUGUCAAGGUAGACAACACAAAAACAAACAAACAUGAGAUUCUCGGCGAGGUUACAGUUCCUGACAUGCCUGGUGGUGUACGCGUCCAGCGCACACGCAAUCAUGGUGAAGUUCGGCACUAAAGACGGUCCCAUUAUACCUCCAACGCCGGAGCCCACUCCUGCCCCACAACCGUUCAGGAAUCCUGCGCCUGUGUGGGAGGAACGCUCCAAUGAUACGCCCGACCCUAAUGCUCAAUGGCGACCACCCCUCUUCGUGCCUCACCCGAGAUACACAAACGUUAUCUACAACUCCCCUGCACCACCGCAACAAUUGAACAAUGCGCAAAGAUUCGUCAACGCAUACAUUCCUCUCAAACCACUACAACACCUUCAGAGAGGUCAAGUUCACCGCCCAAACCCACCAGCUAUCCUCGGAAGUCAAAGCUUGCCAGGAAUUGGUCUCCGGUACUUCUUCCCAGCUUAUGCUCCACAACAGAAACUAGUUAAACAAGAAGAUGCUCAAUUCAAUCAGUUAGAAGGUAUUCAUGAGCCUGGAGCGUUGGGCAUGGACUCUGCUCACGAUUUCCAGUGGAAGUACGAGAAGGACGCUACGAGACGGCACAUUAGGAAUUCUUUGGAAAGCACAGUAAGAGCACCAGUCUACCAAUGGCCAGCCUACGUUCCCCCGCGGCAUCACUAACGUUACUAAGUUCUUAGCAACAUGUCAGCCAUGUCGCUAUACGAACACCGUAGUAACUGUGAUGUUUAAUUUUAGUACUAGUUUAAGAAAAAAGUGCCAGAUGUAUCUACGUUUAUACAAUACUAAAAUGAUUGGAGGCUGUGAGGCAGCCCUACUUGGUCAAAGGUCUGGAAUUUUUUUUUAGUAUUUAUUAAUGUUAAAUUAUAAUUCUUUCCAGGCAGCGCGGUAUUUUUUAACACUCUGUAUAUAGUUUAACGGUUAUGAAAUAAAAUAAGGGCCGCUGUGUUAUUUCCUGGUUUUAUUAACACCACAAUGAUUCAAUCAAUAAUGAAUUUCAAUGUUAUUUUUUGCUAAGAAUUUGUUUGAUUAUUCUCAUUCAUUUGCGGAAAAUCACAGUUUUGUUUACAAUAUUAAAUAGACAAAUAAUAAUAAAAAUCAAAACAAAAUAUGAUAUGGGCAAUAAAAUAGGUAAAAAUGAUUUCAGCACACAAUAUGAAAAACUCCUUAUUGCAACCAAUUGACAUAAUUAUAUACUAAUAAUGAUGAUUCUAUACUUGUAUAUUUUCGUAUUUUAAUGCUAGUAAGUUAUAGUAUGGUGACAUCUUAAACAUUUAAAAUAUAAUUAGACAUUUAUGGUCAAAGUGUCAAGUUUAUCAUAGUUUAAAAACACAGCCCUUAUUUAAUUUUAGAUACAAUCCGGGAAUCCGUUAUGCCUAUUAAUAUUGAGAUAGUAUAUAUUUUUUUAUAUAUAAAUACUAUUUCAUAGCUUAAAAUGAUUUAAAAAUUUAAACUAAUUAAGUGCACUAAAAGGGAGACGACCUCAUUUUUUCCUGUGCUUAUAAAUAUUAUUUGUUUCUCUCUUAUUUAUUGCUUUUUAUAAAAAACAUACAUUAAAAACAAAUUUUAUAUUCUAAGCAUUUGCCCUUCAUACAUCGGUACAUCACCGCCAUAAGUUUAUACGAAAAAAAUCCAGUUCCUUUUUAAAUAAAUUUAAAUUGUAUUGUUAUCUGCCAAGGUUAUACCUAUUUGUAUUUAAGUUAAAUGAUAUACAUCUAAGAAUUAUAUUGCCAUUACGUAAAAUUGUAUUCUUCCGCGCUGACAUAUUUUCCUCGGUCGCUAUUAUGUCUGAGUAUAAAGAGUAUGAAAUAAUAUUGUCGUCCACCGACCAUAAGCCUCGAAAAUAAAUACAAAAUUAGUUUUUAAAAAUACCAGCGUGACUAUUAACUCCAGAGAGUGUGACGGAAGUUCUUUGUUCAUUUUCGUGAAUCGCUAUUUAGGUACUGUCUAUUGCUAAGAUACGUAAUUGUUCACUUCUUCCCUCUCGAACUUUCAUAAGACCAUUAAGUAAGUUCACCAAUUUAAAAAAUCACCCGAUAAAAAUCUUUCGAAGAGCAUUACCUAUUGUUAUA